AUAAAUUAAAGCCCACCAAACUGUAAGGAGCCAACAAGCUCAAGAAGUUGUUAACCAGCAGCGCCAUGGAUACAAUUAAAUCCUUCAAAGGCUACGGCAAGGUUGACGCCGUCGAAGACCAAGUCUUCCGCCGGAAAACCCGCAAGCGAGUUAUCAUCCUCCUUGCCUCCGCCGUCGUUCUGGUGGCCGUUGUCAUCGGCGCCGUGGUCGGCACCGUCAUCCACAACCGCAACUCCGACUCCCGCGAUGCCGCCCCCUCCACUACCACCACCUCCUCCGCCGCCUCCAUCAAGGCCGUUUGCGGCUUUACCCAAUACCCCAAAUCAUGCGUUUCCAGCAUCGAAGAUUUACAAUCCACCAACGCCUCUUCCGGCGGGCCCGCCACCGACCCGGAGCAGAUCUUCAAGCUCUCUUUACACGUGGUGCUGAACGAGCUCUCCAAGAUCGGUUCUUUCCCCCAGAAUCUGAUUUCCAAGGUCAAUGACAGCCGAGUGAAGGCAGCUUUGAGUGUUUGCCAGACAGUGAUCGACGACGCCAUCGACCGGCUCGACGACGCGAUCUCCGCUGUGGAGGUGAGCGAGGGUGAGAAGAUGUUAACCACGGCCAAGAUCGGCAAUCUCAAGACCUGGCUGAGCGCCACUAUUACCGAUCAAGAAACCUGCUUGGACGCUCUAGAGGAAGUAAAUUCCACCGCCGUCCUCGCCGACGUCAAGCUCUUGAUGAAGAACUCGACCGAGUUCGCCAGCAACAGCUUGGCCAUUGUUUCUAAGCUGCUCAACAUUCUGGCCGGUUUCAACAUCCCGAUCCACCGGCGGCUGCUUGGUUUCGGGCUCCCGGAAUGGGUUGGACCUGCCGAGCGGAGGCUGCUGGAGGAACCGGCUGUGAAGCCAGAUGUCACGGUGGCGCAGGACGGGAGCGGAGAUUACCGGACGAUCAAGGAGGCGGUGGGGAAGGUACCGAAGAAGAGCCUGAGCAGGUUUGUGAUACAUGUGAAGGCCGGAAAGUAUGUUGAGAAUGUGAUCUUGGACAAAUCGAUGUGGAAUGUGAUGAUUUACGGCGACGGCAACGUCGGCAAGACCAAGACAGUCAUUUCCGGCAGCCUCAACUUCGUCGACGGCACGCCCACCUUCUCCACGGCCACCUUCGCCGUGGCGGGGCGGGGCUUCAUAGCGAAGGACAUCGGGUUCGAGAACACCGCCGGCGCCGAGAAGCACCAGGCCGUGGCGAUGCGGUCGGGCUCCGACCAGUCCGUCUUCUACCGCUGCUCCUUCAACGCCUUCCAAGACACCCUCUACGCCCACUCCAACCGCCAGUUCUACGGCGACUGCGACAUCGCCGGCACCAUCGACUUCAUCUUCGGCAACGCCGCCGUCGUCUUCCAGAACUGCAGCAUCCUGCCGCGUCAACCUCUCCCUAACCAGUUCGUCACCAUCACCGCCCAGGGCAAGAAAGACGUCAACCAGAACACCGGAAUCUCCAUCCAGAAAUGCACCAUCUCUCCGCUCGACGCCCUCACCGCUCCGACCUACCUCGGCCGGCCGUGGAAGGACUUCUCCACCACCGUCGUAAUGCAGACGAGCGUCGGAUCCUUCUUGAACCCGGCGGGUUGGUUCCCGUGGGUGAGCAACGUGGAGCCCCCCAGCACCAUUUUCUACGCCGAGUACCAGAAUACGGGGCCGGGUUCGGGUGUGGAUAAGAGGGUUAAGUGGGCCGGUUACCGGCCCACCAUAACGGCGGACCAGGCCUCCAAAUUUACGGUCGAGUCCUUCAUAGAUGGCAACGAAUGGCUGGGCGCUUCCAAUGUGGCGUUUGAGUCCACCUUGUGAUUUGGAAAUGUUUUUCUUUAGUAAUUUGUAACAUUCUUUUGGCUAUACUUGUAAUUUCAUGCAAGCUCAGGGGCAAAGUUAAGUUAAAAAGGGUCUCGGUUGAUUAUAAUUUUGUUUAUAUCUUUAUAAUAAGGAUAAGAUUAUAAAUACAACACUUUCUCAUA